AUGGCGUAUCCACAUUCCGGCACACCGCAACAGCAACAGAAACCGUCUCCAGAUUCAGUGUUCUAUCAGUUCUCACCAGAAGAAACCCGAGUCAUGAACGAAUGCAACAAAGAAAGUUUUUUCCAGAGGAGCCUACCAUUAUCGCUGAUCACAGGUGCUAUUUCAUAUGCUGCCGUCAAUGCCGGUUAUUUAAAGCGGAGUGUGAAAUGGGGUCCAUGGCCUAAAGUAAUGUUUGGUGGUCUGGUUGGUUAUCUUAUUGGUAAAUAUUCUUAUCAAACAAUAUGUGCUGAGAAAUUAAUGCAGCUACCUAAUAGUGAACUUGGACGAGUUCUCAGGGAACGCAGAGGAAAAGCAAGUGGUGAACUUUUUCAAGGAAGUGUCCUUAGUCCAACUAUUGUUUCAUCUGGAACUGAUACACCAACGCUUAUGAAUGAUUACAAAUCUGAUAUGGAUAUGGAUAUGCAUAAACCUAUGAACUCUUUAGAUACAGAUUAUAGACCCAAUUAUGAUGGUUUACCACUUAGAAAGGAUAAUGAAAUUUCCAUGUCAAAUGUUACACCUACUUCUUAUGAUGAUCUUAGGAUUCGUAAUAGGCAAGACUAUGAUAGAACACAACCAAAUAAAAUGGCAUACAGGCCACCGCCUCCAUCAAAUACUCAACCAAUAUGGGAUAAUCAACCUUAUUUGCCAUCUGAUCAAACAAGGAUACCUCAACCCAGGGAAUCACGUAAUCAGUAUGGAGAUGUUGUAUAA